UAUCAUGUGAUCAGCUGUAUCCAAUCACAGCUGAUCACUGAUCAUCAGGGCACUGAUGAUCAGUGUCCUGAUGAUCAGUGUAGCCCCAUCAGUGCCACCUGUCAGUGCCCAUCAAUGCCACCUGUAAUUGUCCAUCAAUGCCACAUACCAGUGCCCAUCAGUGCACAUCAAUGCCACAUAUCAGUGCCCAUCAGUGCACAUCAAUGCCACAUAUCAGUGCCCAUCAGAGAUGCCUUUCAGUGCUAACUAUCAGUGCCAGUCAGUGCCGCCUAUCAAUGCCAGUCAGUGGCGCCUAUAAG